CUCCAUCAACUGGCCCCUGAGCCCACACAGCCUGCGAAAGCACAACCCCCCUCAUUUCGAGCCUUCGACCUGCUCGCCGCCGCUCUGUCGCCUCUCCCUCACGCAACCCCCGGCCUGGUCUGUGUAUCAUCAGUGCUGCAGAUGUGAGCAGCGACACGCCCUGGGACUUCCGGCCACCACUUCUGCCCGCGCUCUAAAGAGCCGUCCUCCCCCACUUCCACCAUGGCCAACAAUGGCAGCAUGUACUCGUCGGGGCAGUUCAUGAACCCAGGCCCUGCCCCGAAGCCGCCUGGCGACCGUCCCCGUCUCAACCUCACGCCAAACACAAACCUGCCUGGCAGCAUGGCGAACAUGACCAUCUCGCCGAUCACGCGGACCGCAACAUCGACCUACACCGGCUCCACCAUAUCACUCCCUCUCGCCCGCGAGAGGUCCAAUGCCACCGAUGGCAUGGGCGGUGUGGCCAUUAUCAAGGAGGGUUGGGCGCAGGUCAAAGAGAGUCGCAACUUCAUCCAGCCCUGGAAGCAAAAAUAUCUGAUCCUCCGUAAGGAGGCUCUCGACUUCCACAAGACAGAAGGCGGCAAGGUCUCGUACACACUCUACCUCAAGGAUGUCGUCAAUGUCGGGCGCGUCGAGUCGGCCGGAACCAUCUUCGAGAUCAAGAGGCAGCCUGGCGGCUCCUCAAAUAGCCCUGGUGAUGACGACGGUAACACAAAAACUCUACACAUCAAGGUCAAGAGCGACGAUGAUCUGUACGACUGGAUCGAUCUCAUCUAUGGCCGCUGCCCGACCAUGGGUGGUGUGAGCAACCCCACCAACUUCUCACACGCUGUCCAUGUUGGUUUCGACCCUUCAACAGGUCAAUUUGUUGGUCUGCCGCCUGAGUGGUCGAAGCUUCUGAACUCGUCCGCCAUCACAAAGGAAGACUAUGAGCGGAACCCUCAGGCCGUCUUCGAGGUCCUGGACUUCUACUCUGACCUGACCAAGCGGGCAGAGAACCCGCAACAGUACCCCAGCCUUACUCCUACCCCUCCUCCAGGAAGCAUUCAGAACAAGCAGCUCGGUUAUGGCGCCGGGAGCAGCUCAGUCGCGCCGCCUCGUCCCAUGCCUCCGGGGCAACGCAACAACAGUUUCCCCAACCAGCCUCCUCAGUCCUCAAGCUCGGCUCCACGGAGGCCUACACCCCCUGAUGGCUCGAACGGCUUUGGCGCCGGCUACUCCACCGCCGAUGCCGCGAGAGAAGAGCAGCGCAAGAGGCAGCUCGAAUUGCAGCGACAGCGCGAGAUCGAAGAGCAGAACCGGCGAGAGAUGGAGCGGCGCGAGCAAGAGGCCUACGAGGCUUCCCUGCCCAAGAAGAAGGUUCCCUUGGCACAACAGGAAGUUGGCGGUGGAUACGGCGGUGCGCCAGCUUCUUCCGACCGGUACAAUCCUACCCGUGCUGCUCCUCCAGCGCCCAAGGUCGGCGCUUCACAAGCCAACAACCUUCGGGCGCAGCGUCCCGCACCGCCGACGCCCGGUGGCCAGUCCAGCUCACCUGCCAGGCCUAAUAUGCCCCCGUCCUCUGGCAGCAGCUCAUCUGUGCCUCGUGACCAGUCUGGACAACGGAUGCCGCCUCGCAACGAUCAACAGCAGCAACGCUACCCUACCAACCCAAGCAGCUCCUCGCAGCCUCGCUCGAAUGGUCAGCCCCAACAAUCGCAAGCACAGCGCAUGCCGCCGACUGUCAAACCGCUCAACGUGCCAGCGAAGCCUUUGCCUGCUCAGAACGAUGGUAUCAAGGCCGCCGAAGCUGCGCUCACGGCCAAGCCGCCGCCGUCCGAUAAGAGCAAGGAUGCCCGCAUGUCGCAAAUGACCGAGAAGGAGGUAAUGACCAAGCUGAUAGAGGCAGUCUCGAAGGAGGAUCCAAACAUCUCGUACGCCAAACAGAAGAAGAUUGGUCAAGGUGCUUCAGGCUCCGUAUAUGUAGCCAAGGUCAAGGAGGGAGCGACCUCUCCAGUUGCUCGCGAGGUCCUCCGGCAACAGGGCGCCAGAGCUCAAGUUGCGAUCAAGCAGAUGGAUCUUGCCCACCAGCCGCGCAAGGAGCUCAUCGUCAACGAAAUCAUGGUAAUGAAGGAUAGCAAGCAUCCGAACAUAGUAAACUUCCUGGACGCCUUCCUUCGCAAUAACAAUGCCGAGCUCUGGGUCGUCAUGGAGUACAUGGAGGGUGGUGCUCUGACAGACGUCAUCGACAACAACCCCGUCAUCACCGAGGAGCAGAUCUCAACCAUCUGCUUGGAGACAUGCCAGGGACUGCAGCACCUGCACUCGCAGAACAUCAUUCACCGUGACAUCAAGAGUGACAAUGUCCUCCUUGACGCCCGCGGAAAUGUCAAGAUCACCGAUUUCGGAUUCUGCGCCAAGCUCACUGAGACCAAGUCCAAGCGCGCCACCAUGGUCGGUACUCCCUAUUGGAUGGCUCCUGAAGUUGUCAAGCAAAAAGAGUACGGUCCAAAGGUCGAUAUCUGGUCACUCGGUAUCAUGGCUAUUGAGAUGAUCGAGUCUGAGCCGCCGUACCUGAACGAGGAGCCCCUGAAGGCUCUGUACCUCAUCGCCACCAACGGUACUCCGCGGCUUAAGAAGCCAGAGAAGUUGAGCAAGGAGCUUAAGGCGUUCCUGUCCGUCUGCCUUUGCGUCGAUGUCAAGAGCCGUGCUUCCGCGGAUGAGCUGCUGCAGCAUGACUUCCUGAAGCACGGCUGCCCGCUGGCCAGCCUCUCAGAACUCCUCGCAUUCCGAAAGCACGCCAAAUAAGGCGUGUGCAUGUUUAAUCACGUCAUAUACCCUCUGCACGGCACUUCUUUACUCCGUUAGCGAACCUACUGCAUAGAGCAGAUGAUGAUGAAUGAAUUGGAUGCGUUUACUCAACGAGAAACUCUUGUCGGCAGACUUCGAGCUUCCAUCAGGCGUUUUGGAGGUCAUUUACAUGUUUUCUGGGUAGGUCUGGUGGGGGCAGGGAGGUAGAAUGCCUGUGUAGAGACAUCACAAGCGUACCAGAAAUGCUGUUAGAACAUAUACUGCGUUGACCAAAAUAAUCGUUUUGAAGAGCUGCAGCGUAGGAAGUUGCUUCAAGCACGAAUUUGUGCUGUUUCGAUGGAUAUGUCUGGAACAAUGUGCCGGUCUCCAUGAUGCAACACGUGAAGGUGCAUGACUGGAAUCGACCUGCAGUACUGUCCUAUGAAACCACACUGGUGAGGACUUUGUUCAUAGGCCAAAUGUUGGGC